CACUUGAUUCCCGUGGCUUGCGACGCUGAAGGUUUCGGUAGUCUCGCGAACGCAACACCCCCCUGACUUCUGGUUAUUUCUGCCAGUGUAUUGUUGGAAGGCUAGAAUGGCCACGGCUGAAGUGCCCGCUAGGGCGCAUGAUCGCAAUGGACGUCGACACCCCUUUUCCGGCUGGAUGAAGCGACUCGCUAGUCUAAAGCAUUCUACCGAUUCGAGUGCCAAUCGUUGGUCCAACAAGCGUCAUGCGAUGCCCAAACACAAGAGCCGGAGUUCGAAGAACAACCCCUACCCACUGUCCGGCACUGCCCACAUUGUCGGUGACUACAAUAGCGACUUCAACACUUCGGAUGCGAGUGGGGAUUCUGGCCGGCGGUCCUGUUCUCAGAGCGAACCUUCCCUCUCAUACUCCGGGUAUGAGCAGCAGAUUCCGGCAACCAGUGCUAAGUCAACCGCACCGACUAUCUCGACCAAUGGCGAUACGGCCUUAUCGGAUGCAGCAUAUUCCAAGGCAGGAACAAUGGCCACAGCAGGAGGCGGCAUCAGUUCGCAGGGCGGAGGCGAGGGGAGCACUUUUUCAUCGCCCGCGCCGUCGGUGCGAUCCCUGACCACGACCCUGACCACCGUGCAGUCGGCAGCGCCAUCCGCACAAGUCUACAAUACGCAGAACCAGCACCACGGCCUGACCCAUACAAAUUCUCUACACAACCCGGCGACUCAACAAGUGCAAUUUUCCCACCAAUUUCCCUCCUCGCCGGCCACAGCGGUGCCGCCCCACCUUGCCCCUCAUGGUCAUUCUGUCACCUAUAGCACUGCGACAGCCAACAAUAUCCUGACCGACAACGCCUCGAUCCUGACCCUUGCAUCAUCGUCCAAGAGACGCCGAAGAAACUCCCUGGACACGAAUGCCUCGGUCCGCGCGCUGGCGCCGUCCUCGGUGUUCGGUGGUAGCCGGGAGAGUCUGCCCUUGAGCGUGCUAAGCGGCAAUGUCGGAGAGCCAUCAACCUCGUCUUCGUUCAAUCCACCGGGAGUUCUCAACAGACCCAGCUUGGUGGGCCUCGCCAGUGUGGAGCGCGCCAGCGUCUAUUCGGCUUCUGGUGCCGCGCCCUUGCCAGGAAGCGGUGAACGCGGCAGCUUCCACAAGGGCGCCACAACGGGGGACGGUGCCAGUGUCAUCAGCGCGGCCCAAUCGCACAGUCGCCAUGACAGUAAUGCAGCCAGUAUAACUGGAGCGGGUAUCAACAGCUUGUGGUCCGGACCCGCGAAUAGCCAACCAAUCCCAACUACCGGGCGGAUCAGCCGUCGCAGCUCAGGAUGGGGCGAAAUCAAUGGAGCCGAGAGCGACGAAGAGAAGCUGACCGAAAGGACAGAGGAUGAAUCCGAAGCCAAAAUUGUGGUGACGGACGAGACCAGAGAGCUAUCUGGUGAGUAGGGAGAUUGAUCGGGUAUCAAUUCCAAUCCCCACCCAUGGACCGAAGCCAAUGUUUCUCUCCCCACACACCCAAAAAAGACCUCUUUUUCCCUGCCACGAAGUUACGCAAGAUAAGAUAUUCCAUGACAGAUUGAGUGACCCUGUUCUGCCUUUUUUUUUUAUUUUUUUUCCUUUUUUGCUCUGCUUUCAAGUAAUGACUAAUGCACGCGGAGGGUAAUAC